GUCGGCAACUCGGGCGUUUCUGCACAGAUGAUGUUCCUGCAAUCCAACGGUCAGGUCAUUAUCCUCGACAAGACCGAGAACAAUCCCGUCUCCGUUGCUGGCCAUCCAGCUUGGGCUGUCGCCUACAACUACAACGCCAACACCUACCGCACCAUGGACGUCACUUCCAACACGUUCUGUGCCGGCGGCAUGACUCUCGGUGACGGUCGCUGGAUUGUUGUUGGCGGCAACAAGGCGGUCGGAGCAGGAGGUGUGGACGCAAAGGCAGGCGCUGCACCUUACAAGUCCACCAACGGAGGCAAAUCUAUCCGUCUUCUUCACCCUUGCAGCGGCAAUGACUGCGCUUUCAAGGAGAAGACGAGCAACUCGCUCUCGAAGGAGAGAUGGUAUGCUACCGUGGAGCCUCUGCGGGACGGUCACGUUGCCAUUCUCGGUGGAAUGCGUGACGGUGGAUUUGUGCCCUCGCAAGGCAGCAAUGAGCCCACGUACGAGUUUUACCCCAAGGUUGGAGAGCCUACCUACAUGGACAUCCUCAAACGCAGUGUUCCUCUUUCUCUGUAUCCCAUCACUUACCUCCUCUCCGACAACCGCCUGUUUGUCCAGGCAAACAAGCAGACUAUUCUGUGGAACACGGACACCCUUCAAGAGGAGAAAUUGCCCUCUGCUCCCGUCCCCAUCAACUACCCAGCUUCUGGUGGCUCUGCGCUCUUGCCUCUCCGUCCCAGCAACAACUACAAGGAGACCAUUCUGGAGUGCGGUGGUAUGAGUCUCGGCAAAGGCUCAGCGUGGGGCAAUGAGGGAGGUCCUGCCGUGAUGGUCACCGAGAGGCCAGCCUCGAACGAAUGCAACACCAUCGAGCCGCUCGGUGACAAGCAAUGGAAGAGCACGGAUAGCCUGGCAGAGGGACGUAGCAUGGGUCAAUUCAUUCAGCUUCCUACUGGAGAGCUCGUGUUCCUCAACGGUGUGACCACUGGUGUGGCGGGCUACACCACGGACCCCAAUCAAGUCGGCAAGCCCAAAGGCCGCAGCUUCGGCGACAACCCGUCCUACCAACCCGUCGCGUACAAUCCAGAGAAGCCAGCCGGCCAGAGAUGGCGCAACUUGGCCAAAGCCAACGUCGGCCGUCUUUACCAUUCGUCCGCAACACUCUUGCCGGAUGGCUCCGUCUUGGUCUCCGGUAGCAACCCCAACCCAGACGUCACCAACAAACACUGGAAGACCGAAUACAGCGUCGAGCGAUUGUACUUGGAUUACCACGACAAGCCUCGCCCAUCUAACUCUGCCUUGCCUUCCAGCUUUUCUUAUGGUGGACAAGGCUUCAGCAUUCAGGCGGCUUCCGCGUCGGCGGCCAGGAACACAAAGGUCGUCAUUGUCCGCACUGGCUUCUCGACCCACGCCAUGAACAUGGGUCAAAGGAUGAUUGAGCUGCGCACCAGCGUUUCUGGAAGCACUGUCAACGUCGCUCAAUUGCCUCCCAACCCAGCUCUUUUCGCCCCUGGUCCUGCGCUCGCGUUCGUCGUGGUGGACGGUGUGCCCUCUCAAGGAAAGUUCAUCACUGUCGGUAACGGCAAGGUCGGUGCUCAGCCCACGGCUGGCGAGACGCAAUUGCCAGCUGCUGGCAACGCCCGCAUCGCUUCUCAGUCCAACUCC